GCUGGGCCAUGUGGAUCACCUCCAGGAAUACUGAAACUGAUGGUCAUCGAUGUAGGAUACAUUGAACUUACAGUUUUCUGAAGAAUCAGUUCAAAAUAUCAAAAAAAAAAAAAAGGAGAAGUACAAAUGUCUACCACAAGACGAAAACGUAAUAUGUUAUGUUGUUUACCGUAAGCUGUAGUAAAAUGAGCUCGAUUGUUGACAGAGAUGAUGGUAGUAUUUUUGACGGGUUGGUGGAAGAAGAUGACAAGGAUAAAGCGAAAAGAGUGUCUAGAAACAAAUCUGAAAAGAAACGUAGAGAUCAAUUUAAUGUCCUCAUUAAAGAACUGGGAUCCAUGCUUCCUGGUAAUGCUAGAAAGAUGGACAAGUCUACUGUGCUACAGAAGAGCAUUGAUUUUUUACGAAAGCAUAAAGAAAUCACUGCACAGUCAGAUGCUAGUGAAAUUCGACAGGACUGGAAACCUACAUUCCUUAGUAAUGAAGAGUUUACACAGUUAAUGUUAGAGGCUCUUGAUGGUUUUUUUUUAGCAAUCAUGACAGAAGGAAGCAUAAUAUAUGUGUCUGAGAGUGUAACUUCAUUACUUGAACAUUUACCAUCUGAUCUUGUGGAUCAAAGUAUAUUUAAUUUUAUCCCAGAGGGGGAACAUUCAGAAAUUUAUAAAAUACUCUCUACCCAUCUGCUGGGAAGUGAUUCAUUAACUCCUGAAUAUUUAAAAUCAAAAAAUCAGCUAGAAUUCUGUUGUCAUAUGCUUCGAGGAACAAUAGACCCAAAGGAACCAUCUACCUAUGAAUAUGUGAAAUUUAUAGGAAAUUUCAAAUCAUUAAAUAGUGUGUCCACUUCAGCGCACAAUGGUUUUGAAGGAACUAUACAACGCACACACAGGCCUUCUUAUGAAGACAGGGUUUGUUUUGUAGCUACUGUUAGAUUGGCUACACCUCAGUUCAUCAAGGAAAUGUGCACUGUUGAAGAACCUAAUGAAGAGUUUACAUCUAGACAUAGUUUAGAAUGGAAGUUCCUAUUUCUAGAUCACAGGGCACCUCCCAUAAUAGGAUAUUUGCCAUUUGAAGUUCUGGGAACAUCAGGCUAUGAUUACUAUCAUGUGGAUGACCUAGAAAAUUUGGCAAAAUGUCAUGAGCACUUAAUGCAAUAUGGGAAAGGCAAAUCAUGUUACUACAGGUUCCUGACCAAAGGACAACAGUGGAUUUGGCUUCAAACUCAUUAUUAUAUCACUUAUCAUCAGUGGAAUUCAAGACCAGAGUUUAUUGUUUGUACUCACACUGUAGUAAGUUAUGCAGAAGUUCGUGCUGAAAGACGACGAGAACUUGGCAUUGAAGAGUCUCUUCCUGAGACAGCUGCUGACAAAAGCCAAGAUUCUGGGUCUGAUAAUCGAAUAAACACAGUCAGUCUCAAGGAAGCAUUGGAAAGGUUUGAUCACAGCCCAACACCUUCUGCUUCCUCCCGGAGUUCAAGAAAAUCAUCUCACACAGCAGUCUCAGACCCUUCCUCAACACCAACAAAGAUCACAACAGAUAAUAGCACUCCUCCCAGACAGCAUUUACCAACUCAUGAAAAGAUGGCACAAAGGAGGUCAUCAUUUAGUAGUCAGUCUGUAAAUUCCCAGUCUGUUGGUCAAUCAUUAACUCAGCCAGUGAUGUCUCAAGCUGCAAAUUUACCAAUUCCACAAGGCAUGUCCCAGUUUCAGUUUUCAGCUCAAUUAGGAGCCAUGCAGCAUCUUAAAGACCAGCUGGAACAACGGACGAGGAUGAUAGAAGCAAAUAUUCAUCGGCAACAAGAAGAACUAAGAAAAAUUCAAGAACAGCUUCAAAUGGUUCAUGGUCAAGGGCUCCAGAUGUUUUUACAACAGUCAGCCCCUGGAUUGAAUUUUGGUUCUGUUCAACUUUCUUCUGGAAAUUCAUCUAACAUCCAACAGCUUACACCUAUAAAUAUGCAAGGUCAGGUUGUUCAGACUAACCAGAUUCAGAGUGGAAUGAAUACUGGACACAUUGGUGCAACUCAGCAUGUGACACAACAACAGACCUUACAAAGUGCUUCAAGUCAGAGUCAACAAAAUGUAGUGAGUGGGCACAGUCAACAAACAUCACUCCCCAGCCAGACACAGAGUACUCUUGCAGCCCCGCUCUAUAAUACUAUGGUGAUUUCUCAGCCAGCAGCCGGAAGCAUGGUCCAGAUUCCAUCUAGUGUGCCACAAAACAGCACCCCAAGUGCUGCCGUGACUACAUUCACUCAGGACAGACAGAUAAGAUUUUCUCAAGGUCAGCAACUUGUGACCAAAUUAGUAACUGCUCCUGUAGCUUGUGGGGCAGUUGUGGUACCUAGCACUAUGCUGAUGGGCCAGGUGGUGACUGCCUAUCCUACUUUUGCUACACAACAGCAGCAGUCACAGACAUUACCAGUCACACCGCCGCAGCAGCAACAGCCACAGGAUUCCCAGGAACAGCAGCUUACUUCAGUUCAGCAACCAUCUCAGGCUCAGCUGACACAAACACCGCAGCAGCAAUUUUUACAGACUUCUAGGUUGCUCCAUGGGAAUCCUUCAACACAACUCAUCCUCUCUGCUGCAUUUCCACUACAACAGAGCACUUUCCCGCAAUCUCACCACCAGCAACACCAGUCUCAGCAGCAGCAGCAGCAGCUGACUCGACACAGGACUGACAGUUUGACCGACCCUUCCAAGGCUCCACCGCAGUAGCACACGUGCCGCCGCUCUGGCCUCAAGGCAGGAAGGGGAUGGUCCUUAAAGAGCUGCUCAGCUGACCUGAGGAUAGAAGUUAAAGUCCCAGCAGUUUCAUGAGAUACAGUAUUGAGUGUUCUUUUUCCUGGAAUCUGUUAGUAGGAAAAAUGCUGCCUAGUGCUGUAAAUGUACACUGAAUACCAGCCAGCAGAUGAUCAUAGGGCUGUAGCCAGUUCUGACAGUGUUUUACUUGCCCAGAUAUUUUCUUUUGAUGGAAGAAGAGUAUAUUGCCAAAUGUUAAGCUCAGCUAUGUAACAUGACCUCCAGUUAAUCAGAGAGGCGCUAACAAAGUUAGUGACUUUUUUAGUGGUUCUGUGCCUGUUUUCAAGUGUUACAGAGGAUACACCACUGCCACGUCAGGGUUUGCUUACAAUGAUGCCAUGAAGACAGUCCAGUAGACUCGGUAGGUCCCCUUCCCCAGCCCCUGUCUGUUUUCAGAUAAUGAUGGACUAGUAAUUAGUUUCAGAAUAUUCUGUAGGUUCAAAUUAUCUAUGUGUAGAUGCUGUAAAAAUACCAUGUAUGUGUCUGGAUAAAAGGUGAGAAAGCAAAACGUUUUGUAUGCUGCAUGAAAGCAUAAUCUCCUCAUAGGUAUGAGGCAUUUCCUUAGAUUCUGACACUAUGUGCAAAGUAAUACAUCCUCAGUUUUUCCUUUUGUUUACAACAUAUAUAGUGUUCUAUUUACUUUUCCAGGGCACAGGUCUUUUUGUUCAUACUUUAGCUGUGAUGUCACAGUUUGUUCAGUGAGAUAUGAUGUGCUGCUGGGAAUGGAAUUUUUUUUCAGGUUAAAUUAUUGAAACAACAGGAUUUUCAAGUUACUCAGAAAUAUCCCUCAUUUCAUUAUUUUUCAAUUAUGUUUGAAAA